GCGGGAAGGGGCCAUGGUCGACGACAACCCGUUCGACGAGUACAGCAGCGACGGCGGCAACCCAUUUGACUCGCAUGAUCGGUCGGGUGGCUCGGGCGAGGAUGCUGGCGGGCGGGCCGGUGCGGGAACCAAGUCGGCGCGGGCCAAGGUCGCCGCUGACCCGAUCUCGCUGGCCGAGAAGCGGGCCGAGCUUGACCGGCUGGAGGACGAGCUCAACUAUCGUGAAAAGACGAUUGAGCAGCGGGAGCGCGAGGCGCUGGGUGCACGUCCGGCGAACUGGCCGCCGUGUAAGCCGAUUGUGCACAUGGACAUUGUGGAGGAGAUCCCGGCCGAGGCGCAGAGCGUGGUGACCAACGUGUACCGGCUGUGGAUACUCACGUACAUCAUGCUUGUCGUCAAUCUGGCUGCCAUCAUGACGGCGCUGAUUGAGGAUGUGACUGGCGUUGGCCCGUUUGCACUUGCUCUCCUCUUUGCGCUUCUCUCGCCGCUCCUCGCGUUUUACACCUGGUACUGGUCGCUGUACAACGCAACGCGCCAAGCCAAGGCCUCGCUCUUCCUCAUCUUCUUUGUCUGCUUCUUCAUCCACAUCCUGGGCUGCCUCUUCUACGCGCUAGGUGUUCCGGGCACCGGCGCUGCCGGCUUUAUCAUUGCCAUCAAGGCGUUCAAUGACAAGGCGACGGCAAGUGGUGCGUUUUGUCUCAUCUCUGCCUUUGUUUGGCUCUUUGACGGGUGCUCUGCCAUCUACCUCAUGGUCCGCGCCCAUCAAUACUACCGCUCCCAGGGCCACACGCUGCAGGACGCCAAGCGCGAGGCUGCCGUCAGCGUCGCCACCUAGGUGGAGUUAAACCGACCAUCCAGA